AUGAAACGGAUCUCUCGAAUCGCACUGGCCGCAGGCGUGGCUUGCACACUGACCGGAUUGAGCGGAUGCAUCGGUGGGCACGGCAAGUAUACUCAGGAGCACAUUUCUCUCGCGAAAGAGAAGAUGAGUUUCAUGAAAGCGGCGACUGAGUGGGACCUUGCUCGACAAGCAUUCCUUGCUGGUGACCUUGAGAAGGCGCUGGACAAGGUGGAUGGAUCGCUCUCGAUCAAUGACACCGUAGUCAAGAGCCAUGUGCUCAAGGGGCGGAUCCUGAUCGAGAUGGGUGAUCUGGGCAACGCGAUCAAGAGUCUGCACACAGCGGAGACGCUGAGCGCGGAAGAUCCUGAUACGCAGUACUACCUUGGUGUGGUCUUUGAGCGUUUGGCGCGUCCGGAAGAGGCGCUCAAGCACUUCGAGAACGCGUGCGAGUUUGAUGAUUACAACCCUGGCUACGCCGUCGCGGCGGCGGAGAUGAUGAUCGAUUUGGAUCGCAGCGCUCAGGCGAAGCGGUAUCUCGAAACACUCCCGAUGUCAGCGAACAACGCGGGUAUCCAGCAAACGCUUGGUCAUAUCGCGCUGAUCCAGCACGAUCCGAAGCAGGCUGAACUGCAUUUCCGCGAUGCUCGUUUGCUUGCUCCAGACGAUACUGGGAUUCUUGAAGAGCUGAUCCAUACUCAGAUGAAGAACGGGCACUACGCGGAUGCGGAACGCAACAUCGCGGCGCUGCUUGAGAACUUUGAGCAUAAGGAUCGUCGGGACCUGAAACUUCUGCAUGCGAAAGCGUUGAUGGGAACCGGGCGUCCGGUCGAAGCGCGUUCGAUCUAUCAGGAACUGCUUUCAGUCAAGAACGGCAAAAGCGAUCUUGAUUCCUGGAUCGGUUUGGGGAACACCUCAUACGCGAUCAACGAUGAUCGGAGUGCUCGACGCGCCGCGGCUCGUAUCGUGGCGCUGAGCCCGAACACGCACGAUGGCUAUGUGCUCUGGGCGAUGCUCCACCAUCGCACAGGUGAACUGGAUAAAGCGUUGAGCUCGAUCAAUGACGCGAUCGAUCGGAACAAUGAGGAUGCGGAUCUGUUCGCGUUCCGAGCUGUGGUUCAGCGUGAUCUGGGGAUGUAUAGAAGUGCGCUUUCCAGUGCCGCUCGUGCGAGCUCGCUUGAUCCGAGCAACACUGGGUACGGCAAGCUCGUUGGGUCGCUCCAGUCUCGCGUGUAUGCGAAGGUCGCAGAGGAUCGGCUCAACACUGACUCGGUGGGCGCCGGUCUUCCCGAAGGGUUCGGGUCUGCCGUUGAUUCGGGCGUUGCGGAUGAGGACGCGGUCUUCUGGGUUGAGGAUCGAGUUGGUGUGAUUGGUGAGUGCUUGGACGAAGGUAUCCAAGUUCGCUUCAUCGCACGAGAGUCCUGCGGCCAUGUCGUGUCCGCCGAAGGAGGUGAGGUGAUCGGCGCAGGAUUCGAGCGCGGCGUGGAUGCUGAAUCCGUCGAUGCUGCGUGCGGACCCUUUGCAGACGCCGUCCUUGAUCUGCAUGAGGAUGGUGGGGCGUGCGUAACGAUCGACGAGCCGGGAGCAGACGAUCCCGACGACGCCGGGAUGCCAAUCCUCAUGAGCGAGGACGAUGGCGCGUGUGUCGUCGCUGGUCAUUCCUGCUUCGAUUGCGAGUUGUUCGGCGUGACGGAGAAUGUCUCUGGCGCGUUGUCCUCGUGCGGAGGUGAGCAGUUCGAGGGAUUGAAGGCGCGACAGUCCGUACUUGGUGAUGACUCGGUUCUCGUCGAUGAGCGGGACGACAUCGGCGAUGUGGAGCGUCGCGAGACGCCACGCGAGUUUGUACGCGACUCCGGCGCCGCAGAGUUCUCCGAAGGGAUAGGUGGAAUCUGGACGACGCGGAUGGACGACGGCGUAGGCGUCUGGCAUGUCGUCGAGGGACUCGGGUGGGUUGUGGUGAUCGGUGAUGAUGAGGUCUACGCCGAGUUGAUUGGCGGUCUGAGCAGGCUGGAUCGCGGUGAUUCCGCAAUCGACGGUGAUGAUGACCUUGGCGCCAUUGCUUGCGAGCGAUUGGAUCGCUUCGCAGUUGAGCCCGUAGCCUUCUUCGAUGCGGUGGGGGAUGUAGGUGGAUACUUUGGUUUUUGGAGAGAGAACCUCGAUCAUGUGAACGAGGAUCGCGGAUGCGGUGACGCCGUCGACAUCGUAAUCUCCGAAGAUGACGAUGGGUUCAUCAUUCUGGAUCGCGUCGAGGAUGCGCUGCGCGGCUUUGUCGAGGACUCGGUUGAUGAGAUGAAGGGAUGGAUCGUCGAGGAUCAGGGAUUGAUCCCAGACUUUGGAUCAAUCGAUGGACAGAAUCGCUGUCAAUCGCGGAUAGGUACACUAUCCUCCAUCAUGGUCAAACUUACCAAAAUAUACACGAGAACUGGGGAUUCUGGGACAACCGGGCUAGGGACGGGAGAGCGCGUCCCCAAAGCGGAUCUCCGCGUUGCUUCGUAUGGCACUGUGGACGAGACCAAUGCGGCUGUGGGGGUCGCGGUCACGCACGCUGAGGUCGGUGGAGCGAUUUACAAGCGGCUGCGUGCGGUCCAGCACGAUCUGUUUGAUCUGGGAGCGGAUCUCUGCACGCCUUGCAAAGCGGAUGAGGAUCCGGCGAUGGUGCUACGGAUCACGCAGGGACAGAUUGAUGCGCUCGAAGAAGCGAUUGAUUUCUGGAAUAAGGAUCUUGAGCCUUUGACGAGCUUUGUGCUCCCAGGGGGGACUGCACUUUCAGCGGCUUUGCAUGUGGCACGCACGGUUUGCCGGCGGGCUGAGCGGGAGGUUGCUGAACUGCUUGUGAAGGAAUCAGAACGGACAUCUGGGUUGACGCUGACCUAUCUGAAUCGUCUGAGUGAUUUGUUGUUUGUGCUCGGAAGAGUUGCGAAUCAUCCUGAGAUGGGUGGUGGGAGCGGGGAUGUGCUCUGGGUUCCUGGAAAGAAUCGGGAAGAUGCUGGGAACGGGGUUGAGGAUUCGGCUGUGCGCCAGAGCGGCGUGCAGUUUAUCGCGAUGAGUAUGCUGCUGGGGGCGGUGCUCAUCGUGAUGCGGUGGAUGCACUUGUCGAGUAUGGAACUGAUGACUGGAUCGACUCGAGCGAUUUCAUUGAGCGGCGCGAUUGGUCUGGAGUUCUGCUGGGCGAUGGUGUACCUCGCGGGAGUCGCGGUGCUCGUCGUAUGGAAACCCAAUGGGAUCUGGGCGUCUCGGCUUACGGCGAUUGUUGUCGUGCUCGAGGGGGUGGUCGCGUUGGUGCGAUGGGGUGUUGGGUUUGAUCCAGGACCUGGUGGGAAUGCGCUGGCGGCGAUCCUGAUUGUGCUCACGCUCGGUGCAUCGAUGAUGCCUUGGACUCCGAGGUUGACUUUGUCGUUGUCGGGAGCGUGGAUUCUGGUUGCGACUGCGACGCUUGUGCUGGUCGGUCCUGAUCAGGGUGUGUCGCUGGCGGCGACGAUCUUUGGGUACAUCACGGUUGUUGUGCCUGCGAAUAUGGUUUCGUUCUUUCGGACAACACGCGUGCGGGAUCAGUUUGAACUGCGGUUUUUGCAGACGCGGUAUGACGGGAUUGAGCAAGAACUCCAGGCAGCAAAGAACAUCCACGAGCGAGCGUUUCCGCAACCUCGCACGACGGGACAGGUGCGAUUCGCGUAUUCGUAUCGCCCGAUGAGUCAGAUCGGUGGGGAUUAUCUGUUUGCUUCAGUGUUUGGUGAGGAUGAUGAUGCGUCUGUGCUCUUGGUGCUGCUCGAUGUUUCGGGGCAUGGGAUCCCGGCGGCGCUGACGGCGAAUCGAUUGCAAGGUGAACUGAUGCAGCUCGCGGGUGAGAAUCAGGGGAUCGAGCCUGACGAGUUGCUUGCUUCGUUGGAUCGGUACAUCUGUUUGACAAGUCCCGAGGCGCCUGUGCUGGUGACUGGGAUCGCGAUGCGUGUAGAUCCUGGUUUGAAUCAAAUCAGGAUCGCGAAUGCUGGACAUCCGAGCGCGAUAUUGAGGGAUUCUCACGGCGGGAUUCGGGAGAUCGAUGCGACUGGUCCCUUGAUGGGGAUCGAUCCGAGUGCUUCUGUGCGAUGGGAGCUGGAGACACUGGAUUUUGGUCCAGGUGAUGCGUUGAUCGCGUUUACGGAUGGGAUCACUGAAGCGAUGAAUGCGGAACAUGAGAUGUUCGGAAUUGAAGGGGUUCGAGGGACAAUUCAGUCCGAUUGGCUCGAAUCUGGUCUGCGAUGGCCUGAGUUGGUUCGGAGAGCGGUGGAUCGGUAUUGCGAAGGGGCGGUCAAUGAUGAUAUGCUGAUCGUGGAUGUCUACCGUCCGCGGGGCGAGACUCAGCAGAUCCUGCGGAAGCGGUUGAUCUGGUAUGUGUCCAUUUGGGGGGGGUUGGGCGCUGCGUCAUUUAUCUUCGCCGUUGUGAUGAUGCUCCGGAACUCACAGAUUGCGAGUUUAUUGAGUUCGGGUCCGACCAAGGCGAUGUUCAUCCUGACCAAUGGUGCGUGGGUUCUUGUGUAUGCCGCGGUCCUGGUGAUGGUGAUCGAGAAGCGUGUGAGUGAUACUCGCGUGAUCCGGAUGUCGAUCGGGUUGAUUAUCCUCGAUGGGUUGGUCGCGGUGAUCCUUCGUGAGGUGGAUCCGUCGCUCAACUACGGUGCGUGGGUCUGGGUGAUCUCGCACUUUGUUGCGUGCUGUGUGUUCCCAUGGACGGUGAAGCAGGCGUUGUUCCCAAUGAUCACGCUCGCUGUUGUGAGUUCUGUGGGACACUUGAUCGGUGGAAUGUCCGCAACAGGGACACUGGCGCUGGCGCUCACGGUGAUGGCGUUUAUGACACCUGCGGUGUUUAUUUCUGGGAUUCGUCAUAAUCAACGGAUCCAGAAGUCAACCAAUCGUUUCCUCAAUCAGCGGUACGGGAUGCUGCGUCAAGAGCUCGCAUACGCGAGGCAGAUCCAUGAGGCGUUGUUCCCGCCUCCGGUCACGACUGGUCCGAUCCACUUUGUGUAUCGGUACGAACCGAUGCGUCAGAUUGGUGGGGAUUACUUGCACGCGAGCAAUGCGUAUGUGGAUGCACAUGGGAAUGAAUCACUCUCGGUCGCUGUCGUCGAUGUGACUGGGCACGGCAUUCCUGCAGCAUUGACUGUGAAUCGAUUGCAUGGGGAGAUUGAUCUCCGCUUUGCGGAGCAGCCUGACAUCUCGCCGGGGGAGCUGUUGAGCCACCUGAAUCGGUAUAUCAACCUGACGCUUUCCAAGCACUCGAUCUUCGCGACGGCGGUGUGUUUCCGCGUUGAUCUGACUCGGAACAAGCUCGAAUAUGCGUCGGGAGGUCAUCCGCCUUCGUUCCUGCGCGGGGUCGACGGCACGAUCCAGGAUUUGGAAUCAACAACCUUUGUGCUCGGUGCGUGCAAGGACAAGGACUUUGAUCCGUGUCAGGCGGAGAUCGAUUUUGGGCCUGGAGAUUCUUUGAUUGCGUACACGGAUGGGGCGAUUGAGGCGCGUUCGAAUGAAGGGAACAUGUUGCAGAUCGAGGGAUUGCGACGCAUUGUUGCAUCGACUCAUCCUCUGGGUUCUGAGGAAUCGAGCCAUAGCGUGCAGGGGCAGUGGUCAGAGCGGAUUCUGAAGGAGGUUACCAUGCAUCGUGAUGGGCUCCCUCCGGAGGAUGACACGCUCGCGAUCGAGAUUUAUCGUCCGAUCCGUCCGAAGACACGGAGCGAUUCGGAUGAAUCCGCAGUGGGUGCUGAGUCCGUCCACGCCGUUGAUAUUGGCGAGGGUCGCGAUCCACGCGAGGACAUCGGCGAACUCUUCUUCGAGGUUUUCGCGUUCCUCAGGGGUUGGGGGCUUGUUCUUUCGGUUGUUGUUCGCGAGUGCGGUGGCGAGCUCUCCGAACUCCUCGGUGAGGUAGAGGAAGGUCCCGGCGGUGCCUCGGGCGUUGUCAGAGGCGAAAUAGCGGUCGUAGAUGAGCUUUUGGAACUCUGCGACGGUGAUCCCCUCGGGGCGCGGUGUCUGUCCGGCUCGUCGAGAUUUGGUCCGAUUUACAGGUCAGGAUUCAGCUCUAUGCCGACCAUCAAUCAGCUCGUACGCAAACCACGCAAGACUCCGAAGGUGAAGUCGAAGGUCCGUGAUCUGGAUAACAGCCCACAGCGUCGUGGUGUGUGUUUGACUGUGAAGACAACGACUCCGAAGAAGCCGAACUCCGCGCUGCGGAAGAUCGCUCGUGUUCGUUUGUCCAACGGCAAGGAAGUGACCGCGUACAUCGGUGGUGAGGGACACAACCUUCAGGAGCACUCGAUCGUGCUCGUGCGUGGUGGUCGUGUUCGUGACCUUCCCGGUGUGCGUUACCACAUCGUUCGUGGUGCUCUCGAUACGCUCGGCGUUGACGACCGCAAGCAGGGUCGCUCGAAGUACGGCGCGAAGAAGGGCAAGUAA